AUGAAUCAUUUUAAUCGCAGGGUGGCCCGCUGGGUGGCUGCGACCCUGGCGUGGGCGGUGAUAUGCGAAGCGAGCAAUGUAGCUCUGACUUCGACAGUGGUGCCCUCGUGUCCGACACAAUGCAUCUGUCUAUCACAAUCACAGGUGGUAUGUAACAGCGCUACGUUACGUGGAGUUCCGUCGGCAUUGAGUUCUAGCGUCACUCAGUUAUCACUGUCGCGAACUGAUCUAAGAGUUCUUCGCUCUGACGCCUUUGCACAUUUACGUCAACUGCGUCGUCUAUCACUUGAUGCUUGCAAUUUAACUCGUAUCCGCCCGUUUGCUUUUCGAGGACUGCCACGACUGAACGAAUUAUACAUCCAACAUACUCCACUAGCAACGGUUGACGCUUUUGCAUUUUCCGCCCUUCAAAAUAUAUCGUCGAUCAUUUUAACACACAACAGGAUAGCACAAAUUGAAGGAUAUGCAUUUGCUGGGACAAAUUUUAUUAAACUUAUUUCGCUGCGAAAUAAUCCAAUUAAGAAAAUUUUAGCUCAUGCAUUCUCUGGUCUCAAUGAUGUUACUCAGAUUGAGUUACCGUCUGGCAUAAAAUCUAUCGAACCUCAAGCGUUCGCGGGAUUAGAAGGCGUUGGAAUUUUAGAAUUAGCAUAUAUGGAUUUACCGGCACUUUUACCUGAUACUUUUCAUGGACUCACUAGAGUCGGCCGACUGGCUUUGCGGGAGUCUGAUUUAGGAGUCAUAAAAGUUGGAGCGUUUGACGGCCUGAGGCGAGUUGAUAUUUUGGAGAUGUGUAACAACAAAAUAGAUGGUAUUGAAGAAUUAUCUCUAAUACAAAACAACAGCGUCCGGACUUUUAAAUUAAGUGGUAAUCACAUGCUUGAAACGCCGGAGGCAGUGGUUUUAGAAGUGGAAAACAUCGUGAUUCACGGAAACCAUUUACCGUGCGAGUGCGGACGUGAUCCUCUCGUUAAUCCAUUGGCCUUAACACCGGAUUUUGCUGAAGAAAAUGUAUGUAUAUCUCCUCUUAAAGUUCGGGGUCGCAGUUUGGCAAGUGCUGGCGGUGCUGCGUGUCGUGGAGAAGGCGCUGGUAAUGCACGAGCUCGUGCCGCGGCUGGUGCCUCUCCAUCAGGGUCUUCCCUGGCACCCCAUCUCGCCUUCUCGCUAGCUGCGCUCGCUUUUCUUGCAAACAGCUAA